AUGGCUGGUUUCAAUCCGCAGCCCGACGAAGGUUACUCUGAAGAUCCUCUGACCGCCCUCUCCGCCGCGCCCUCCUUCCCGUUCAAGUCGCGCGAGGACGCUGUCUCGGCACUGGGGUCAGCUCGAUCACGCGACGAGUUCCCGCCAUGGUUGCUACAGCACAUUUCUAGCCUCUCGCUUACUCGCAAGACCGUGUGGGUUCUCACCGUCUCGCGAGUAGAACUGGCCAUGGCCAUCCUUAACGACCUCCCGACGACCGUGAUAUCUCAAAUUGUCGAAAACUUGCACCCUCGCCUCUACAUCGAUUUUGUUCGAUACCUGCCUCCCGAGGUCUGCCUCAAGAUCCUCGAGAAGUUAUGGGAGCAGUUGUUCUUCCUAGAAGGAUGGAAAGCAGUGCCGGACGAGGUUCUGGCAGCCGAACGGGAAAUGAACGGGCCUUCCUCUUCGUCCACCCACGGCGUGCUGCGACGGAUGCAGUCCCAAGACGACGGGCACGCGCAUAAGAAGCGCGCCAUUUCCCUAUCACCGAGGCUCGACGCCGAUACGGACACGGUGAUGAUCGAUGCAGGGAGCGCCGUUAAGCAGGAACCAGCAGAGAUGGAGCCGGCCGAGACCAGUAUCUUCGGAGGUCCAAGGAGGCCGGCCUUGAAGACUGGUAUCUCUCAGCGUAUGGGCGAUCUCGACAUGCCAAGCGCGCUAUCGAGAUCCAAUUCCAAGGGCAAGGCGGUGGACAAAGGCAAAGGGAGAGCGCUUCCUUCUACGUCGUCGGAGCCCUCGCAUGCCAGGCCCUCCUUCUUGCAGACGGUGAUGGAGCCACCACGCCUGGCCAGAUCGGGGCUGUGGGCCUGGGACGGACCGUCAACACGAUACAAGAUCAACUGGAAAUACCUCUACACGAUGCGGCGGCGGCUCGAAUCCAACUGGGAGCGGGGUCGGUUUGUGAACUUCCAGUUCCCACACCGUUCCCAUCCCGAGGAGGGCCACGAAGAGUGCGUCUACAGUCUCCAGUUCAACUCGCAAUACCUCGUCAGCGGGAGUCGGGACCGGACGAUCAAGGUGUGGAACAUGAAGUCGCGGCGAUGCCUUCGGACUCUCGCCAAACAUAAGGGUUCCGUUCUCUGCCUACAGUUCGAUUCUGACCCCGAGGAGGAUCUGAUCGUUUCCGGCAGCUCAGACUCGGACGUGAUCGUCUGGAGGUUUUCGACAGGGAAGCCGAUCCAAAUACUAAAGAAUGCCCACCGCGAAUCAGUCCUCAAUGUCAAGUUCGACAAACGCAUUUUGGUAACAUGCUCCAAGGACAAAACCAUCAAGAUUUUCAACCGCAAGCCGCUCCGCCAUGGAGACCUCGGCUACCAGGAGGUCGACCCGGUCCCGGUGAAUCUGAAGAAUUACGGCUACAAUCUCCCGAUGGCGCCUGACGAUUUCCCCGUGAUCCCGGCGUGGACCAUGAUCGGAAGUCUCGAAGGCCAUAGUGCCGCCGUCAAUGCGGUCCAGAUCCACGACCGUGAGGUGGUAUCCGCGAGCGGCGACCGGCACAUCAAAGUCUGGGACUGGCCGACCCAGGUGUGCAAUCGGACAAUCGUCGGGCAUAGUAAGGGUAUCGCUUGUGUGCAAUAUGAUGGUCGCCGCAUCGUGAGCGGCAGCAGUGAUAAUGAAGUCAAGGUGUUUGACCGCCAAACUGGGCUCGAAGUUGCCAACCUCCGUUCACAUUCGAGCCUCGUGCGUACGGUCCAGGCGGGUUUCGGAGACCUACCGUACAGCGUCGAAGACGAUCUGGCCGAGGCGAAGAAGGUGGACCAGGCGUAUUUCAAGGCAUUGCAGGCUGGUCUGCUGGCGGAGCGGGAUCGCCCUAGGUCAGGCCGACGCUAUGCUAACCCAGGAUCUCGGCGGCCGGAGGAUAUCUGUGCCUACGGUGCAAAGCUACCGCCCGGCGGCGGCGGUGGCAAGUACGGGCGAAUCGUCAGUGGCAGCUAUGACGCAAGCAUCAUCAUCUGGCGAAGAGAUAAGGAAGGCCUUUGGAAGGACCAGCAUCACUUCAAGCAGGAGACAGCCGCCAUUGCGGCCCUGCAACACGACCGGACGGGUUUGGCCCCCCUACAUCCAGCCGUCCAGAGUCUCGUCAGUCGCGAAGCUCUGAGGGCAUUGAGGGCAGCUGGCUCCGCGCCUUCGACUGCGGCAUCCGAUGCCGCAGGGCCGUCCACGGUCACGUCCAACGGAGCGUCUCGGUCGCAAACCGCCAGCGCGCCGCCCAGUACCUUGACAGGGCCCACGCUGCCCCCGAUCGGUGCACUCGCGAUGGAGUUUGGCCAGACCGAGUUUUCGUCGGCGGGGUUUCAACAGCUUCGUCAAGUCAUCGACAGCUCGGUCCAAAAUGGCUCACAAGCGCUAGGGCAGGCCAUUGCAGCGCACCCCGCGAUCCUCAUCCACCGUAGCUAUGUGGAAGCCGCGAUCGACCGACACCAAAACCCCGUCGUUCGGAGCCAGCUGAGGCAGACGUACUCAAGCGCCUUGAUCAGGGCACAGUUCGAGCAGGCAAGGCAAAGACGUGAGGCUCUACGGAACCAAGAAGCCGCCGCAUCUAGUUCCGCGGUCGCGGGCCAGUCUUCCACUGAGGGAGCUGCAGCUGCAGCCACAGCCGCACAGACAGGUUCCCAAAUGACGCCCGUCCAGUUGUCGGCUGUAGCGGCCCUCCAGCCAAACGCGCACGCUCCCAAUGGGGCGCCGAUGCAUCAGGCAGCAUCUCCCGUUGCUACGUCUCUCGCCGCCGCGGCCGCAGCUGCUUUACCCCCCGCUCCCGCUGCCGUUGGUUCUAGCUCUGCCUCCAUGCCGGGUGUGACCCUCCCUGGCCAUACCACCACCCCGCCCCAGCUCCCACCCCAAGGACAAGCACAGCAUCAUCCGCACAUUGCCCAAGCACCUGCGCCGUUCGAGGUCCAUGACCCGGCCAACCCAGCCCGGGUGUUCAAGCUGCAAUAUGACGCUCGGCGCAUCAUCUGCUGUAGCCAAAGGAGCGUGAUCGUUGGGUGGGACUUUUGCAACGGGGACACCGAAUUGGAGGAGGCGAGCCGUUUCUUUGGUCCUGUGGAUUAA